GUGCCACUUUCAGGUCUCCUCACACUGCUGGUGUGUUCCAUUUUUUGUCAUAGGGUGCUGGCAGAUUACGGGCCUCCCAUUGCUGCUGCCAGGCCCCUAAUCUGCCAUGGGCCCCAGUACCGCCUCCUCAUGCUGCUGCCAGGUCCAGAGUCUGUCAUGGGUCCCUGUACGGCCUCCCAUUGCUGCUGUCUCCAUCGCCACACUCUGCCAUGUGCCACUUUCAGGUCUCCUCACACUCCUGCUGGUUUCCAUUUUGUCAUAGGUUGCUGUAUGGCCUCCCAUUGCUGCUGCCUCCACCGCCACACUGUGGCUCCAAACACUGGUUUUGGCCCCGUGACUGGCCAAAUGAGUGAAGUGUGCGGUGAUUCUAAGAUCGACGGCACUCAUCUGCAUGUCAUACUGACUGACAGUAUUAUUUCUCUUCCCCAGCAGACUCCAAGGGCAUUUAAAUUAAAGGUACAGUGUUCUGCACUAAUAUUA